UAGAUUGUCUGUCUUGCCCUGAAGACUAUUGGUCCAAUGUAAAUAGAACAGAGUGCAUCCAGAAAGUGAUUGAAUUUCUCUCCCAUGAUGCGAUGGGAAUGACCUUGACUGUGAUAGCUGUAGCAGGAGCCUUUCUGACCAUCACUGUGCUGGGGAUAUUUCUGUACAACAAAGGAACCCCUAUAGUCCGUGUGAAUAACUCUGAACUCAGUUUCUUCAUCUUGGUAUCACUGACUUUUUGUUUUCUGUGUGCUUUGAUAUUUAUCGGGGAACCCACAUCCUGGUCCUGUAUGCUUCGGCACACUGCAUUCAGCAUCACCUUCUCACUUUGCAUCUCUUGCAUCUUGGGAAAGACUUUAGUGGUGCUGGCUGCUUUCACAGCGACCCGACCUGGAAACAAUAUAAUGAAAUGGUUGGGCCCUACACAGCAGAGAAUCAUCAUUUUCUGCUGCACUCUCGUUCAGGUGCUCAUAUGUACAGUCUGGCUUGUAGUAUCCCCACCAUUUCCCUAUAGAAACACUAAAUAUCAACAGUCCAAGAUCAUUCUGGAUUGCAGUGUGGGCUCUGAUCUGGCUUUUUGGUGUGUGCUGGGAUAUAUCGGUCUUUUAGCUUGUGUCUGCUUUUUUCUGGCUUUUCUGGCCCGGAAAUUACCAGGUAAUUUUAAUGAGGCCAAAUACAUCACCUUCAGCAUGAUUAUAUUUUGCACUGUAUGGCUAGCUUUUGUGCCUGCAUAUGUCAGUUCGCCUGGUAAGUUUACAACUGCUGUGGAGAUUUUUGCUAUACUAGCUUCUAGUUUCGGCCUGCUUUUCUGCUUGUUUGCUCCAAAAUGUUACAUUAUUUUAGUGAAGCCAGAGAAAAACACCAAGCAACAUUUAAUUGGAAAAGUCACAAAAUGAAUAGUGUUUGUACAGAUUUUCAAAAAAAUUAAAAAUGAUAAAAAUGCUAUAAACAUGAAAUCCAAAUAUUAUCUUCAACUAUGAACUUUUAAAUAUUUUAGGGACAGAGUCAAUAUCCUAUGCAUUUAUUUUUUAUUUUUGUAGUAUUCAAUUUGUUUUUCAAGUUUCAUGAUUCCAACAAGCUUGUCAGAAAUGUUUACGUAAAAUAACAAUAGACAAUGAAGAUGUUAACUGAUCUCUAGGUUAUGUAACCUACACUGUAGCCACUGGUUUUUGCAAUAAAAAAUAAAGUCUAAAUAAAAAAAGUAACAACAAAAUAAACAAAAUAAAGACUGUC